GUACAACUAUUUCAAGCGUAAACAUUAAAAACUUGUUUUCGGAACUGUACACAAUAGCUGUUAGAAGAGGACAGGGAAGGGUUUAGCAGCUACAAUGGAAGACGAUGAAGCAAGCCAGCCUCGACACACACAAGCUCGGCAUAUCAAGAAGAGGGCACUCAAGAACAAAGCUCUGUCCGUCUCUUUUGACGAGAAGGACCUCAGGGACUACGUGACUGGUUUUCACAAGAGAAAGAAGAAACGGAGAAAGGAAGCGCAAGAGCAAUUACAAGAAGUAGUGCGUCGAAAGCGCAUCGAUGCGCGUAAAAAGAGAAAACUGGAAAGAGAAUAUGUUCAAUCUGGUGGAGCCCCACCAGACACAGUUGCAGAACCUGAUGAAUGUGGCGAGCAGUCUGAGCAUGAUGAGGAAAUUGAGCCAAUUCCAUCAGUUUCUGGGACAACAAUGUAUGACAACGGAGAUGUGAAAGUCACUGUGACAACAAGUGAGAUCUCUCGUGAAGAAGAGUCUCCAUAUGAGAGAUCAGAAGCACCUGCUGCACCUAUAUCAGUUGGAGCUGCUGAAAAGAAGAAGCACAAGAUGCAAGUGAGCAAGAAGAAACCGUUCAAAAAGGUCUCAAAACACAGGUCUAGGUCGAAGACGCAAAAUAAAAGAGACAAAAGGAAGGGAAAGAUGAAGAAUAACAAGCUCUAAUUGGGGGUUUCUUUCUUUUUCCUUCUAUUUUUCCUAGUGAAAAUCCAAACCGAAGUGUUUCUCCAUUAGACCAACCUAGCUGCUUGUAGAACUAAAUUUUGGUCAUGUGCAUACCGUUGUAUAAGUUUUUGGGCCAUCUGAGGCAAAGUUACUUCUGGUAUCAUGGCUGAUUGAAUUUUCUUAACAAUUAUGAUAUCAGCUAUGAUUUUAGCUGAUUAAUUUUUAUUUUUUUGGGUUAUUUUGAAAUUUUAUUUUACAAACGGCUGUUCUUGUAAUGUUGCUUUUACCGUCAUGAAAACUGUUAUCCUAGUUUUCUUGCGUGAUGUAAUGGCAACAGAAUGGAAAAGUAUGCCUUUUUGAAUUUGUAAAUCAUCACCUUUGAUGAUCUUAUGUACC